GAACAAGUGAAGGUAGAUUCUACGAGACAAAACAUUGCCAUGGCAUGAUUCCAUCACGUUUAGUGUCCUGCUGCCUAGAGAGAGAAUCACCAACAACAAGUAUGGCGAACCAUACGAACAGAAUCACCUUCACCUCUUAUUUUUCGGCCUAUAUAAGCGCCCUAAUUUGCAAGAACUUUCAAGAAUUCCGAGGCUCUAGCGAAGGUCGGUCCCUAUAUCGAACAAGCUUUAGCUUUUCCACGACUUGUGUGGCCGGAGUGGAAUCUCUCCAAGAUUUUCCACGAAACCUGCACAAUGUUAAAGGGUCAUACAUCGGAUACUGCGCAUUAGCAUUGAUUUUCUGUUCUUGUCUUUUCCGGGAACAGCUCGGGUUCAAACCUGGGUUGUUUAUACUUUUUAUUUUUUUUUUGCAUUUUUUUUUUUGCUAUUUUUCAUCUCGUUUGAUCUUUUGCUGUUUUCUGGGUGGGCUCUGGUCGAGAGGGCUGGUAGUGUUGUUGUGUAGAGGUUAAGGGUCUUAGUACUACUGCUCUACAGCUCUUCCUGUAGCAACAUAGAUGCGUGAGUAGGGGAGUGAGUGAGUAGCAAGACUGCAGUUCUUUUCUUGUGAACUGUCGUGGGUUAUUGUAGACUAUCGUAAGUUAUGGUAGACUGUCGUAAGUUACGAUAGACUGUCAUAAGUUGUAGUAGACUAUUAUAAGGUGC